AUGUGCCAAUAUCAGUACCAUUAUUACAGUUAUUGCAAGCACCAAGAAUUCAUUCUUGUCAAGCUUUGUGAAAGCACCAUCUCUCUAGCUCACUUCAACAAACACCAACCAACACACAACACAGAAGUCGCGACUGACAAAGCGCUUCCCAUCAAUACAAGUCCCGCGUUGUCUUUCGCAGCCAAAUCCGACUCCUGCACUACACCAUCCAUUGUUUUGACAGGACAAGUUGACCAUUCUAUCUAUCCAUCGAGCAACAUCAUACACAUCAUAGUGAGCGCCAUGGCUCUCGACUCACACGGGAUGAGCGACCAUGAGCAGGAGUUUGCACAGGAAGCGGAACGCCGUUACAACGAUAUCAUCAGCGGCGGAAAACCUCCUGCCUACUACAAAGCCAUCGAGAUUCAACUGCAGCAAGUGCUUGACAGAGUCCGCCAGCUCAGUGACCCCAGCUCUUCGGCAGCUGUAAGACUCCAACAACUCCAUGAGCACAACGACCAGUCAUCGAGUCAAGCAUCCUCUAUCAGCCCCUCGACCUCUGACCCCGUGCUUCUUGAGAACUUCCCUGCCCUCUCCCUCACAAUUGUUCCUCGCAGCGAUGCCACAACCCAAUCCUACGCAAAGGUUGUUAAGAACUCUCUUCCGCAGCAGCCACCCCAUGUCACUUCGGAACAUGAGCCUCAGGAUCCAGUUGAGCCUCGAACUGUGUCUCGGAUCUCCUCCAACCAAGAUGAAGACAGCGAUUGGUGUGUCGUUGACCGAUCGAGUCGUGGCACUCGCUCUCAGAAGCCGCGCGCCCUUUUCACUGAGCGAAAUGCACGCAAGUCGAUCCCGAAGGCAUGGAUGCAAGCAGACGAUGAUGCUCAGAUCGCGCAGUCCAUGACUGAAGAUGCUUCAGUGGCACCUCAAUCGAGUCCAAACAAGUCUUUGCAGCGCACCACUCGCGUCAAAGGCCCUCAUACCCAGCUCGCCCAAACCCAGACCAACUCUCUCAAGUCCAAGCCAAGCAAGCCCACUUUGACCAAGACAACAGCAUCGAAGACGCCAGGUUAUGCCUCACCCACAAAGGCCUCCAAGCAUCGCACUGUUGUAACAUCUGAGUCUGCUAGAUCACCUUCCCCUUGCAAGUCCAGGUCUGUGCGUGCCGACGCAAUGUCCAGAGCAGCCAUCUCUCCAUCCCAACAAAGCUCGCCCACUCGAUCUAUUGCAUCUGCAGUCUUUGAUGCUUCUCGCCGUAAGGUUCUUUCUGCACAUGGUAAACACCCUUCAACUUCGACACCGUUCGGUCUGGAUGGCGCAUGCGACAUCGAUCAACCCAGCACGUUGCAGACUUUCUCUGGCAACUCUGUACGCCCACCCAAGAAGGCAAAAGUCGAUCUGAGAAUCAACAUUCCAGAGCUUUCCAGUAGUUUGCCUCGCCCAGGCAGCCCGUCUCGGAUUCCCAUCGCUGUUCCGUCAAGUUGUCCAGCUGCGGAAUCUGAGCCUACAACUCCUGACCGUAUGAUUGAGCCCGCCGAAGCUGACAGGACUACUGUCAAGCCUGUCGAUAGAGCAGCAAUACUUGAGCCUAUCAGAAGACGUCUUUCUAGUGCUUCCACUUCCAGCCAGCGACGAUCAAAUGCUUCUUCAAUCGAACGACCACGCAAAGACUCUAGAGCCUCGCAGUCGAAAGAGUCCGCUCUAGUUGAAGGCGAUCCUCAGAACGAGCACAUCAUGUUCGAUGCCUCAAAAAUGGACCGUACGCAGUCCAAGACUCAGCAGCCAUCCAACACUGUUGUCUCAUCGCUGACAGCUUCUCUCAAACCCGCCUCCGCGCUGUUGCUCGACACCAUCAAACAAACUGCCGAAGCUCACGCUGUUCGACAAGGCAACAGCCAGAUCGAAAGCGCUGCUUCCCCAAUCAAUGAAGCAUAUGAAGCAAAGAAGUUGCAUGAAUUCCAAGCAGCCUGCCGUUCGCAACACAUCUCCUGCGCUUCAUCUCCAGAGAAAGACCCUGCAGUGCUGAGAUGCGGUCCAGUCAAAACUGAGCCCUUAGAAAAGAAGAGGAGAUCCACGUCUGGCCCUGCUAGAUUCAGCCUGCGCGCUACUGCUGCUCAGUUCAUUCCUGCGACUCCUCCAAGUGAUGGAUAUUUGCCAUUGAGUGCACGUGAGCCUUCAUUUGGGCUUCCUCUGCCACCUGUGCUUCCUGAUCUCGUCGGACCUGCGCUUGGAUUCGCACCACCGACUGUACCUGGGUUUCUCCCAAUCUGUCCAUCAAUCCUUCCCAUGGCAGUUUCUCAGAAAGCUCCCCAACAGCUUGCAACUCAGUGUCCUUCGGCUAUCGAUGGCUACUCGAGCUGGAUACCCGAGGAUGAGUGGUACGACCUUCCCUUUGAGGCCAGGACAGCAAUUCUCAGAGAGCGAAAAGAGCGUAGAUCCAGCUCUGUUUCGUCUCCUGGACUCUCUUCAGCCAUGUUCUCCAACAUCACGACCAGUCCAUCUUUGUCCUCGCUCGGACCUGUCGCCGACACAAGCAUGAAUUUCUACAAACCGCAAUGGGACUGGAUGACCCCUGCUCACAAUGGUGUCAGAUUUGGCAGGGCACCUCUUCCAAUCAUGCCUGACUUUCAAGAUGAUGGCCAUCAUCGCAAAGGUUGGGACGUCAAAUCUGCCGCUCCCGGAUGGCGCUACGGUUGGCGUGGCGGCGAUGGCCUGGAAAUCUCAUUCAAGGGACACGGUCCCGUCGCCGAAAGAAAUCCAAAUGCACCAGUCAACUUCAACGAGUACAACACUGACCUCUACGGCAAGCCUACUAAGAAAGGCCACAAGAUUGGUGACCGCAAGAUUGGUGACCGCAAGUGGUCUAAGAAGAACGGAGGCUCACCUAACAGUCGUGUCAGAGAAUGGGCCAGGAACGCAGACUAUCCCUCUGUUCCCUGUGGCAACUUUGAAGUCGUCCAGGCUACUGAACAUCUUCCAAGCUUCUCUGAUGCAUGGUGUCACAGUUGUUUGCCUGCGCACAUUUGA